AAUUUGCGUCAGUCGAGUUAUGGUUUUGAAAGCUUCCGCAAAUCAAGGAGCUGCAACGCGUCGUUCUGCAUCAGGUGUUGGUAAAUGUGAAAAACGGUUAUGGCUAUGUUGCCUUUUAAUAUCCUUGUGUUUCCUGUUUGCUUUGUAAUAUAAAUUGUGUGUCUAUAAACGGGUUUUAGUUUUUCUGUUUUUCUUUCACAUUCUUUCGUCCUUCGGAAAAAGGAUUUGUGUUUUAAAACGAAUAAAAAAAACGAAACAAUUGUAUAUUCGCAGUGACCGUGAAUUUUUUUUUUUAUUGUCUUGUCUAAGUGUUGGGGAAACACAGGAUAUACGUUUAUACGAACUCUCGACAAGAGUUUACCUACUCUCUGACGUCAACGAGACGCCCCGUGACGGUAGUUGUGAUCUUGAAACGUUCGUUCACGUCGUGUCGUUUUUGUUUGGUAACAUUUCGAAAGCAGAAUUACCAACGACAGCAGCAGCAUCAACGUAUGGAUGUUAAUAUUCUACACCAAAAAUAUAUAUAAAUAAAUAAAAACGAAAUUAAAUUAUAAUUUAAUUCAAAAUCCAAAAAAAAAACACAAGUGUUCACAUAAACUUAACAAAAACAAAAAAUAAAUAAGAAUUAAUAAGCAUUAAUAUUUAAUCCACACUGCCUCAACCAAAAGCAAUUCAAAUUAAAUAUUAUGGGACUCACGUAAUCGCAUCGAUAGCAAUCGAAGGGGAUUUUGAUCGACUCCGAUAGAAAAAGAAUCAAGUGAAGAGUUAAAUCGAAAGCCGGUUGGUUUUUCUCGCUUAUAAAUUUUCUUUUUUUUUCUCAUUUUGUGAAGUACUUUCCCUCCCCCGGCCCCCUAUUGAAUCAACAACAACACAUACUCGCCCCCUAAAUCGAUCGUUAGGAAAAAAUACCAAGAGAGAAAAACCUUGUCAUUGGAUUAUUGAGAUUCAGGUGGCAGAGGAGGAGGAUUAAAGCAGAUUGGAACGCGAAGGACGACGACCAACAACAAAAAGAAGGUAUGUUUCCAUUGACGACAAGGAAGAUUUGAGAAAAAUUGUGAUAAGUGACGAAAAGACGGAAUUAGAUAAAAAUAGACAAGAAAGUGUCAACAAUAUCGUUGAAGAGCAGCAAUCUACUAAUAGAACAUCGAGAAGAGCUCUAAACGUUUGAUAUAAUGUCGGAAGUGUAACCGAAAUUCGAAAUUGGAUCUCUGUUGCUGGUGACUGAGAGAGGCUGAGGGCGUGGGCAAUGUUCAAAGAUUCAAUAAUGACGAAAUGGCGACGAAAAAGCGACAUUUCGAGCGUUUUCAUCGAUGCAAUAUCAAAAAGGACCCUCAUCACUACCACCUACUCAUCAAUACGACCAACAACAAUGUUCGUUGUUGUGCUGACUCUAGUGCCAAUACUUUCAUCAGUAGUGACCGGAGCCGGAACUCCAACGACAACCAAACCCUCCCAACUGGCACCACCCACCCAAUGCAGAAUGUCAGAAUUCACAUGUACCAAUGGACGGUGUGUGUCGUUAAAUAAUUUCUGUAACAAUAUUAACGAUUGUGGCGAUGGCAGCGACGAACCUCGAUUUUGUACACGAUGUAACAAGACUUACUAUGGCGACAUCGGACUAACGUAUUCCCUGGAAUUACAUCGACCAAAACAGGAUAAGAUUCCGUACGUGUGUAUCCUGACAUUCACUGCCGCUGGCGGGAUUCAUGGCGACGUUGUGCAGGUAACGUUAGACAGUUUUACAAUUGGACGAUUUACAUCUUACGUGCAUGAUGGGUGUCCUGAUGGAUAUAUGCAAAUUUCUGAAUCGGCAAGAACUCCCAUUGGUGGGAUGUGGUGCGGAUCAUCAUGGGGACCAGUAUUGUUUUAUAGUGAGACCAGAUCGCUAGUAUUUACUGUUAAACUCAACAGACUUGCUCGAGAUCAAAGUGGAUACAAUUUCGACUUUCGUAUACGUUACAAGGUCCUAUCUCGAGAUAGUGCAGUCACACGUUACGGUGGGAUUAAACUAGAAGACUUUACUCCUUGGUAUAAUGUCAGCAAUUUUUUACAUCAAAAUGCCAUCGAGGAUUUUACGAAUUCCAGUGCACGUUCGGAUCGCUAUGGACAGGAUUUUAGUUUGUUUAGUUCGUAUGUUAACGAUAAGUCCUUUACGAGCAUCUUGGAUAGGCCUGUGAUGAAGGACGACCAAAAUUACACCGAACCGAAAUAUUAUUUGGGAGAUCUAAUCCCAGGGACCUAUUGUUCAAGGAUUUUCAGCGACUGUGAUAAAAAAGUUUGCCGUCUUCAAUCACCAAACUAUCCAGGAAUUUAUCCCAGAAAUUUAACUUGCUACUAUGCGGUGCGACAGCACGACGUGCCUGAUGGAAAACAUGCCCUCAUCCUUGUACGCCAGCCAAAAGGAAACCUCGUUUGGAUAUCUACACAAGAGACGAUUGGUAAUAAGAUAGGGAAUACAAAUGAAAAGGAUAAGAAAUUUGAACCUCGCCUCAAGACCUGGAACGAUUGUGACUACAUUCAGGAUAGCCCAAACCCGAAAUGGAAAUCAACGGAUUACGUGACCGUGUACGACGGGUACACCAUUAGGGAUCCGGUAAUCCUAAAGUUUUGUGGCGGUGGACAGAGCGUGCCAGCGGCAGUCUCCAGUGGCCCACAAUUAUUAGUUGAGUUUACUACAUCGCCGUUCGGAACGUUUACUGGCACCUCAUCCCAAAUCCUGCCUCUGCAUGGAUUCCAACUUGAGGUUGAAGUAAAGUUCGUAGAUAUACAAAGUCCAACGUAUGCAAAGAACAAGAAAUUGUGUGAAUUUUGGAUUCGUGGCUCGGGGCGUGGUAUAUUGGAGAAUCCAAAACAUUCGCUAGCACCGAACACUACUUGUUUGUAUCAUUUACAAGGAACGGGAGUUUUCAAAACCUACGACCAUUUAAGUUUGCCCCGGCGCUCGGGGCAGCAAUAUCAAAUGCCACUGUCACGAUUCAAGGUCUGGAUAUCGAUGUUGAAAUUCAAUUUGGAUCCGGCGUUUGGGUUUCAGGAUGAGACAUCGGUUGGGGCGAUUGGAGUCCUUCAAACGCACGAGGACUGCAGUGGGAUGUUGAGAAUUUGGGAUGGUGCCUUAAGGGAACCUCCUGUCUGCAAGGAUUUGAAUUGUGAACGUGAUAUCCCUAACCAUCCUGUCUUGGCACAAUAUGGACAAAACUACACAAACGUCAUAGCUCGUUUUUGCCGAGGGACUGUACCGAGAACCUGCGACCGAGCGAACAUCAACGAAACCCAUGCACGUCCUUGUAUGGUUAGUGAAAGCUAUGUAUCGAGUGGUGAUACUAUAACCCUCGAACUAAGGAAUACCGAAUCUACAGUUCUAAGACCACUGGACUUCAAGCUCAAGUAUGAAUUUGUUGACCUGCAUCAGGAUGGUAUACCAAUGGCUGGCGAACAUGACUGCAAUCGGAAAUUCGUUAGCAGCCAAAUGGAUCGCAAGGACCCAGCUAUCUUUCGCAGCAUUCGUAACAUAUUCAUGUUCGGUCGUGGGGGUACUCGAAAUCUCAGAUGCAUUUACAAAUUCGAAGGACAACGAGGUGAACGUGUUCGUAUUAAGUUAAGGAAGGUUACCACAAUGAAUCGUAUGUGCACAUCGAAAGUGGAUGAGGAUAUCAAUAGGUCAUUUUGCUAUGGUAACACCAAUGUUCGUGUUGAGAUUUUCGAAAGGCCCUAUCAUGAUUCGAUUCUUUUGCCACGUGGUUGUUUGUGCAAUUCUUCGAAUGCAUCCCAUUUACCGGUUGAAUACACCUCAACCAGCAGAGACCUAGAGGUGCAUUUUACUGCCCUCAACAUGACCACACUCGAUGACCCGGACGCAUUGAACUUCGAAGGACUCUUUGAAUUCGUCAAGGGACCAACAAGCUGCAAGGAUGGCCGAAGGAAAUUCGGUCCAAGUGGCACCAUUGACAUGACGUUCGGAGACAUGGAUUGCCGAACCCGACCAUGGUUAAUCGAGCCUUCAAAUGGAAACAAGUUCUUGUAUGUCCGACUGAAGGGCAUCUUCCUGCGAAAGUACAGUCCGAAUAUUUACAAAACGAUUAAUGCGACAGUGAUAGGCACCAGCUCAUACCGGUGCGAAACCAAGGCCAGAGUUGUGCUGACAACAUCUGAAGGACUCACAAUAACGGCAUGUCCUUUGGGUGAGAACUCAAAUGCAUAUGAGUUUGUAGAGAUAUUCAGUGCCGGCUGGAACGAGAGACCAAAUUAUGCUAUAGCCAACCGAUCGAAGGCCAUCAGUGUCGAGUUCCUCAGACCGGAUAAUGGUGAUUUCACAUUCAAUUGGAUGGAAUUGGUUCCUAGACCAGCCUUGGGCUUAGUAGAAGACUGUACAUUCAAGUGCUCCGAAUUGGGGGCAUGCGUUAAUGCCAGCGUGUGGUGUGAUGGCAUUGUGCAUUGUCCAUCUGGCGACGAUGAGUCGUUCCUGCAGUGUUCUGCCAUCAUGAAACUGCCAGCUGAAAUUUUAGCCACAUUGUGUAUCCUAAUGGUGCUGUUUUGCUGUGGAUUUGUUGCGUUCGCAUACAAAAAAAUCAAACGAAAACUUCGGGGGUCAUCGGUACUGCAAACCCGCCUAAAAUCUCUCAGUUCAAUGGACACAGCCGUUUUCGAUGAAAAAGAUGUGAUUUGCUGACAAAGCGACAAUUCUGUACGAUAUGUGGAAAUAGAUCGUGUUACAACGGUCUGACCACAUUCAAUCAAUAUCGUACAGAAUUGUGCCCCGGAACUAGAGACUUUAUGUAAACAAAAACCAACAACAACAACCACACUACUAAAACUACUAAUUAUAUAUACCAUUUAAACUAUCAACUAUUGACUAAAAAAAAAAACAAAA